AUGGACUGCCUAACCGCCCGCCGCCGCCGCAAAGCCGGCCGCCAGCCCUUCUACGGCACAGGCUGGGCCGCGCGCCCAGGCAACAACAACGCCUACGGCCAAAACACCACCGCACCCUACUACAACAACCAACACAACCCCGCGCCGCCUUACUCCGCCGCUACCAAUAACACCAAUGGAGGUUACUACGGCGGCGGAGGCGCAAACCAGGGCUACUACGGUCAGCAAAACGGCGUCGAGCUGCAGAGUCCGCAACCAACAUACGGAGGCGGGUAUGCGCCGCCGCCGGGGCCGCCGCCUGCGAAGGUUUAA